CCAAGUAGGUCCGUAGCCAUUUUGGCUCAAGCUGUCUCAAGGCGCUCAGUUUGACGCUUCCCUACUCGCUUUGUCUCUUUCCGCAAGCAGCCAUUCCGUAAACUAAGCUGGUGAUGGAUCGGAGCACCUUCGAAAACGUCACGGAAAGGCAAACCCUUGAGGAUUGUAUUGGAAUAUGCUUCGUCAUUUCGUCUGUGGAGGACAUCGACAACGUGAAAGAGACUGCUGCCAUGGUAACCGACAUCGCGAUCUUUGCGCUCAAGGACACAAAGGCCGAGGACGACGAGGAUGGCAAGAAACAGAUCAAGGAGAUCAAUAAGGAGCUUUUCUUUGUGCAUGCCUACGACGAUUGGGAUGAAGAAAUCACUCCGAUCACAGAUGAAGACCUACGCGAUGGAGUGAUCGCCGGAGAAAUAUCUCUGCGUCUCAAGGUAAAGGUGAACAUGAAUUGCUCAGCAUUCCCUUUCGAUGUCCAGACGCUUCCUAUCCUCCUGUACUCUGGUGAUGAUGGUCGGACGCUGGUGAGCGCAGAACAUUUCUGGAUUGACGGGAGGUGGUCGGGCUACGCGCGCGCGGUCGCCAUUACCCCGACGGCGCUCAUCUCUGAUGAGUGGGAUCUGACUUCGGCAGCCGCUGUUUACGACAAGUCAGACAUCAGUGAGACCAUGUACAAGCAAUCCCAGAUCGGCGUGUACAUCGCGCUUAAGAGAAAAGGUUCAGGUUACUUCAUUCGUCUCGUGUCUGCCAACGUGAUGAUCUCGGCCGGCGCAGUGUUGCCGUACAUGAUGCCUUCAAUGGAGCCGACCGGCAUCAUGGAACACCAGGUGGGCCUGCUCUUCGCCGUAGUGAGCUUUCAGCUGCUGCUCUCGAGCUUCCUGCCACCCACAAGCACAAUGACAGUCUUGGACCAUUACAGCAUCGGACUCUUUUGUUUCAUCUUUCUCUUGAUGCUACUCCCGGCGGUGGAAGGCUACUACCAGGGGCCUGAAGUCGACACAAUUGACCCUGAACACUCUAGUUUUUUUUUUUUUCACUGGUCCUUCUCAGUGUGGCUGGUCGGCCACAUCACGUUUGCAGCCCGCGUGGUAUAGUUAAUGUACUUGCAAAAGACGGCUGUGUACAAGCACGAGAAGAGGAAAAGCAAGCCCCUUUUGAGCGUUCGAUGCGGUAAUAACUGGGAGGAGGACAAAGCAUUUCACUCAACCCCCGUGUUUUUGGAGGCAUGGCAGGAGCACGAAGACUGAGGCGAGGACAACACUCGUCGCGUGCCGCGGGGAUGCGUAGGCGGGGCAAUGUGCGGUAUCGGGCCAUGAUUGGCCCCGUCUGGUUGGAGCGAUUUCGCCGGCCUCAAAGGAACAGCUUUCUCAACUAGCAGUUUCGCAGUGCUUAACGUUGUGUUUGGCAGCAGUGCUCUGCUUGAAUCAGGUUCCCAUGAGCUAGCAAGAAAAAAAAAGAGGGGCCCAAGUAGGCCGAAGCGGCCCCA